CACGGACCCACGGACCUGGGUCAAAUGAAGGCGUCAGUGUUUUGAAAGGCGGACUGCUGAUCUCUGCGUCAGUGCGUUAUUGACUCUGAGCUACCUGAACAGGAAGAGUCGAAGCAAGACAGAACUGUUGUAAAAGUCCCAAACCAUGAAUAUUGUGGGCCAGUUUGUGGAGACGGUGUUUGGGACGGCGAAGGAGCUGUGCCGUGGCCUUAACCCCGCCACUCUCACCGGAGGGAUCGAUGUCAUUGUGGUGCGACAGCCUGAUGGAUCGUUCCAGUGUUCCCCCUUUCACGUCCGCUUUGGCAAGCUGGGUGUGCUGCGUUCCAAGGAGAAGAUUGUGGACAUUGAGAUCAAUGGAGAAUCAGUUGACCUGCACAUGAAGCUGCGUGACAAUGGAGAAGCUUUUUUUGUGGAGGAAAAUGAAAACAAGGAGUCCCAGGUCCCAGCCCAUCUGUGCACCUCCCCAAUUCCUCUUGAGGUCCCUGAGGAGAUCGAAGAAACCCCUGAGGGAUCCUCCAUCACCGGAUCUGGAUCUGAUACUCACCUGAGAGAAGAGAAUUACUUUGUCCUAUGGACAAACACAAAAGAAGAAAAGACAAAGCAGCCCAAAGCCACAUUGGAUGACAUCGACAGUGAUGAAGUGGCGGGCCUCGGCCAAAAACUACGUCUGACCUCUAAUCAGAUAGAGCAGUUAAACCUGCGUGAGGGAGCCAACAAGGUGGUGUUCAGUGUGACCACACAAUACCAAGGCACCUGCCGCUGUGAGGCUGCCAUCUACCUGUGGAAGUGGGACGAUCGCGUCAUCAUAUCAGACAUAGACGGCACCAUCACUAAGUCUGAUGCUCUGGGUCAGAUUCUACCUCAGUUUGGAAAAGACUGGACACACAAAGGCAUCGCCAAACUCUACCACAAAAUACACCAAAAUGGCUAUAAGUUCCUGUAUUGUUCAGCACGGGCCAUAGGUAUGGCUGCCAUCACUAAGAACUACCUUCAGUGUGUCAAUGACGAAGGCAUUGUCCUCCCUCAAGGCCCUGUACUGUUGGCCCCAAGCAGCUUCUUUUCAGCACUACACAGAGAGGUUAUUGAGAAGAAGCCGGAGGUGUUUAAAAUUGCCUGUCUCAGUGACAUCAAGGACCUGUUCAACCCACAGAGACAGCCCUUCUACGCGGCCUUUGGCAACAAGACUAACGAUGCUUAUGCCUACAAGCAGGUUGGGGUGCCUGAUACCAGGUUAUUUACCGUCAACCCAAAAGGAGAGCUCAUCCAGGAGAGGAGUAAAGUCAACAAGUCCUCAUACAGCCUCCUCAGUGAAUUGGUGGAACAUGUCUUCCCCGUGCUCUCUGUUGAGGGCAGCACAUCCUCUGCUUUGGACUGUCCCGAGGUCUCCUAUUGGAAGGAGCUUCUGGACCUGGAUGCACUACUGUAG